GAUGAAUCAAAACGAUUUAUUUCUAAUUGAAGGGCUAAAGUUUUAGAAAGGGAACAAAUAAGCUGUCCAAUUGAUUCCUUAGGUGAAUGGUUUGAAAAUGAUUGUAAGUAUUACAUUUAUUUAGAACACUUCUGAUAAUUCAUUGAUAUUAAACAUUGACUUCUAGGAUGAUGGAGUAUUAUUUGAUUGGAGUCCUUACAUAAACAAAUAAGGUGAUGACAAUUUGUAUUUCAUAAUCCAUUUUCAUGGAUAGUUGUACAAACUUUUUGGAACCCCAAUUUAGUUAGACUCUAUGCAAGAAUUUUCUGCAGGAAAAUUUAUUUUCAAAAGGAACGACAUUUAUACUUUAGACUCAAUAAAUGAGUAAAUGUCUACACAUUAAGUAUCAAUAAGUAUUAUUUCUAGAUAUCGACAAUAAUAAAUAGACAUAAUGGUAAAAAAUAUAUUGAAAAAAGAAUAAAUUAAUUAGAUUCAUAAUAAAUAUCUAAUUCAAGUAUCACAGAUUUUGGAUGUGAUGGUGUGCCUGAAGAAAUACGUAUAAUCUAAUUAUUAAAUAUCCAACGAUGUCCAUAUUUAAUGAAAAUAGACUAGCUCACAUUCGAUGGAGAAUGCUAUUCAAUUAUUUAUUAAAGUUCCCCCUAAAUCUCACUCAGACAAAUAUUGAAAAAAUACAAGAAUCCACCAGUCUCCUUUAUUAUUGAAAUCUUGGAAUAACUACUUUUAGGUAUGUAUUUCUAUGCAAAAAUUUAGUUUUGAACAUCUUCGAAGAGCUAAAUAUCAUUCAUAAUGGAAUUACCUUGGAAAAUAUAUGUUACUCUCAGGAGUUCAACUCUAUCUAUCUUUGUAAUUUCUCACACUCAAUCUUUGAAACCUAAAAUCGAUCUCAAAUGUAAUUUUCAAUUUGUAUUUUAGAAAAGGCAAUUCUAUUGGAUUUGUUCCUCCAGAGCAAUAUCAAAUGAAUUCUCAUGUCUCCAGUUAGGCCAACAUAUACCAAUUGGGAGUCCUAUUAUACUAUAUGUAUGAACAAUUCUAAUUUUAGGCUUUUUAAUGAAAACCCAUUCGGAAAAGAUUAAAAGAAAAUAUUAUAAAAUAAUAUUGCUGGAAAAUAUUAAAUUCCAAGUACAAAUUAAGACAAGAACAUCGUAGAAAUCAUGAAAUCAAUGCUCCAAAAGAACCCAUAGAAAAGGAAAUCUUGUAAGGAAUAUUUGGCAUCCAAGAUAUUUAUGCCAGCUUAUCGAUCCAAAAUUUCAAAACAUAGUUUCUUCUCAUUUUUUGAAGACAAUUUUAACUAAAAAAUAGAAGAAUUUGAGGUUGGAGAAGAUAUUAACCUUGUUUAAAGCGUGAAAUCAUUGUAAAUAAAUAAAGGGAAUAAGAAAUGA